AUGACAUGUGCUGAUGCUAUUUUGAAUUGGUGCAUCGAGAACCAAAUCGACUUAUCAAAAUGUUCAUGGACAAUAGGAACAUUUCGAAGCCAUUUUUAUACCAUGGCAGCUUUAAUCAAUCCAUCGUAUCCCUUUGCGAUGAAAAACAAUACCGGACUAGCAUUUAUUCGAUUAGGAGAUGGAGAAAUGAUGCUUAUGUUUGGAAUUUCUGUUCAAUCAAUUGAUCCAUGGUCAUGGCAUGGCGGUCAAUCACGAUUAGGACAAGACUUGAUAAAAGCAUUGCAUUAUCCUAAGUAUCAAUAUAAUGCAUUUAGCCCAUUUUACUAUGGAAUUUACGAUGCCAAGGGCAUUUCUUCUUUCCAUAAAUUUCUCACAAUGAUUUACCAACAUCCAAAAUAUUUAACAUAUACAAAUUUAUUCGUCAAUACCAACUAUCCUGCUACAAAAUUACUUCAUCGAUCGCUGAUUCGAGAUCAUCGAAAAAAGAUUAUUUUGAUAAUUAACAAUGAAACUAGUGCGGCAAAAUUAGCUGAACUCAAUGAAUGGGCUUGUGAAAUAUUAUUGUAUCCGCAUAAUGGGCCGUUGAUGUGGGAAAACAAUGAGUUCAGAGAACAAGCAAUCGAAAAAAUUGUAACGACAGCAAAACGAUACAGAAAUCGGCUAUUUUCAUUUUCAGUCGGUCCAUUGUCGAGAGUUCUUAUUCAUCAUGCUUGGCUCGAGAAUCCUUUCAAUCGUUAUAUAGAUUUUGGCUCUACACUAGAUGAAAUGACAAAAAACCGAGUGACUCGACCAUAUCAGUCAAAUACGGAACUCAACCAAGAUCCAACAUAUGCUAUAAAUUUUGACGCAAACAAACGCCUUUUUCAAGUGUCAACUCUAAACUGA